AUGAUUCUAUAUGGCAAAAAAAUCAAUGAACUAAUAUAUUACCUUCUUGUAGAUGAAGAUGAUCCGUAUGUGACAUUCAAAAGUAAAAACUACAUUCAAAAUAUCAUGUUUUUAGUAGUAGUGGCUAGACCCAACUUCAAUGAUGAAGGCUACAUUGCCUCUGGUGGAAAGAAGAAGAUUGUUGGUGUGUUCUACAAAGGCAAUGAGUUUGCUUCAUUGAAUCCCAAUUUUGUGGGAUGUGUCGAAGGAGCUUUGGGUAUUCGCGAGUGGCUUGAAUCGCAAGGACAUGAAUACAUUGUCACUGAUGACAAAGAAGGACUCAAUUCUGAACUUGAGAAGCACAUUCCUGAUCUCCAUGUCCUGAUAUCGACUCCAUUUCACCCUGCCUACGUCACUGCAGAACGUAUAAAGAAAGCUAAGAAUUUAGAGCUUCUUUUGACAGCCGGCAUUGGUUCUGAUCACAUCGAUCUCAACGCUGCGGCUUCCGCUGGUCUAACCGUUGCAGAGGUCACAGGAAGUAACGUAGUAUCGGUCGCUGAAGACGAGCUCAUGAGAAUUCUCAUUCUGGUUAGGAAUUUCUUGCCUGGUUACCAUCAGGCUAUUUCCGGAGAAUGGAAUGUUGCUGGCAUUGCACAUAGAGCUUAUGAUCUUGAAGGAAAGACGAUAGGAACUGUUGGUGCUGGACGAAUUGGGAAGCUUUUACUUCAAAGACUGAAACCCUUUAACUGUAACCUUUUGUAUCAUGAUAGACUUAAGAUAGCACCUGAAUUGGAGAAAGAAACUGGAGCUAAGUUUGAGGAGGAUCUUGAUGCUAUGCUUCCGAAGUGCGAUGUAAUUGUUAUCAACACCCCCCUCACCGAUAAGACAAGGUAUAAUUUUAAUACUUAUAUCAAUCUAUUCAAGUAACUUUGGACACUUGAAACCUAAAGUAAUUUAUAGGACAGCCCGUUUAAGAGGACUUUUUAGUCUGGCCCGCAUAAUAUAGGAAGGUUAUUUUUAUUUGACUUGUUAGAAAUGACUGGGGUUCAACCCAAGAAAUUGACAAAACCACUAACUUGUUUUUAUCAUUUGUUAAAGAAAUGGUUUAUACACAAGCACUUGUAUGAUAGGAGCUUAUGCUGUAAACGCUUAAUUAAGUUGUUUAUCCAAAGAGAGUCUAAGCGAUGGAGAAUUAUCCAAAAGAAAUCAUUAUGAUGGAGAUUUAUCAAGGAGCAUCCCAAUCUUUAGACCAUUCCUAUUAGUUACAAAUAGACAUCUAUACUAUGUCAACAUACAUGGAAUUGGAAUUUAACAAGUUGAGAUACCUUGAAUUUUGUGAAUGAGUCGUGCCAAAAUUGUAAUUCAGCACAAUAUUUUCGAGCUCGAAAUUUUAAGGAGAAAAACUAGACUUUUUAUUUUUUCAGAAUUCAAACAUGAUAUCACUACUAAUAUAGUUUCAUUUCAAAUGCAACAUGAUACAAAAAAAAAAAA